UGGCCGGCGCCCGCCCCGCUUUGCAGCGUGCCGGGCAGCAGGAAGCGAGAACAGCGCGAGCGCGGUGAAGCGGAGGGCUCCUGGCGCAUUCUCAACGUGAGGACCAUAUGAGUGUGGGCACUGAAGAUGAAUGCUGCUGCAUAAAUCUCAAAUCAUUUUUUCUGCAGUUUAUGAAAUGCUUUCUUUGCAGUGCUUGGACUCUCCGAAGUUUCUUUUGCAUAAGCAACAGAGGUGCAUCUGAGUGUCUCCACAGGCAGUUCUGCUAACCCUCCUCAGGCUAGUCCUUCUGCCAUGGAAGCUGAGGAAAAAAUGGAAUGCAUCCAGGAAUUUCCAGAACACUAUAAAGUUAUUUUGGAUAGACUGAAUGAACAACGUGAGCAGGACCAGUUCACAGACAUCACUCUAAUUGUGGAUGGCCACCAUUUCAAAGCUCAUAAGGCUGUUCUUGCUGCCUGUAGCCAGUUCUUCUACAGAUUCUUCCAAGAUUUCACUCAGGAGCCCUUGGUGGAGAUUGAAGGUGUAAGCAACAUGGCAUUUCGUCACCUAAUAGAAUUCACCUAUACAGCAAAACUAAUGGUCCAAGGUGAGGAAGAAGCAAAUGAUGUUUGGAAAGCAGCUGAAUAUCUACAGAUGUUAGAAGCAAUCAAAGCUCUUGAAAUCAGAAACAAAGAAAAUUCAUCAGCCUUAGAAUCAAAUCAAACAGAAGGUAAAACUAAACCGAAAAAGAGGAAGAUAGCUGAAACAUCUAAUGUUAUCACAGAAUCGCUGCCAUCUGCAGAAUCAGAGCCUGUUGAAAUUGAAGUUGAGAUUGCUGAGGGAGCAAUUGAAGUGGAAGAAGACAGCAUUGAGACACUUGAGGAAGUAGCUUCUGCAGAGCAGUCUAUAAAGUACAUACAGACAACGGGUACAUCCGAUGAAUCUGCUUUGGCUCUUCUGGCAGAUAUCACUAGCAAGUAUCGUCAGGGAGAGCGAAAAUGCCAGAUCCAAGAAAAAGUUGACAAUGCAGCUGAUCCUUCAUGCAAACAGGUAGAAGGUAUUGAAAUUGUGGAACUUCAACUGUCACACAUGAACAAUUUAUUCCACUGUGAGAAAUGUAACCGUUCAUUUAAAUUGUUUUACCAUUUUAAGGAACACAUGAAAACACACUCUACUGAGAGUUACAAGUGUGACAUAUGCAAUAAAAGGUACCUACGAGAGAAUGCUCUGAAACAGCACCUCACCUGUUACCACCUUGAUGAAGGUGGUGCCCCCAAGAAGCAAAGACCUGGCAAAAAAAUACACAUAUGCCAGUACUGUGAUAAACAGUUUGACCACUUUGGGCAUUUUAAAGAGCACCUCCGGAAACACACAGGUGAAAAACCAUUUGAAUGUCCAAACUGCCAUGAACGUUUUGCUAGGAAUAGCACGCUCAAAUGUCACUUGACGGCCUGUCAGUCUGGAGCUGGAGCUAAAAAGGGAAGGAAGAAGCUAUAUGAGUGUCAGGUUUGUAACAGCGUGUUUAACAGCUGGGAUCAGUUUAAAGAUCACUUGGUAAUCCACACUGGCGACAAACCCAACCACUGCACCUUAUGUGAUUUGUGGUUUAUGCAAGGCAGUGAGCUGAGAAGGCAUCUAAAAGACACACAUAAUAUUUCAGAACGACUAGUGACAGAAGAGGUUCUUCCAGUGGAAGCUAUGGAAGGUGAACCAGUAACAUCAAUGACUAUAAUAGAACAAGUGGAGCAAGUUCAUGUCCUGCCAGUAAUUCAGGUACAAGUGGAUCCUGCUCAGGUAACUGUGGAACAGAUGCACCAGGAUCUCAUACAGGACAAUCAAGUGAAAGGCACACAGAUGGAUGAACUGCAAGAACAGGUGCAAAUUAGUUACCUGGAAGUGGAGCACAUUCAAACUGAACAAGGUGCUGAAGUUCACGUGGAGCAGUUGCAUGUUGAGCAUGUUAAUCAAAUACAGAUGGAAGAAGUACAGGCAGAACUUACAGAUGGCACUGACUUUGAACAAGUAGAAUAUGAGAGAGUUGACCAAGGAGAUCCAGGAGAAAAGAAACCUAUUUGUAUAGGUGAUGCAGGUAAGGAAGUUCAUGAACAGGCUGAAGACUUAAAAACUCAACAGUUAGUGGAUAUAAAGAAUGAAGAGGUGGACAACCAGGACAAUUAACCACACUGUGCAGGCUUAGGAUUAAAAUACCAAAUUUUUUUUUUUGUUAACUUUUACAUUGAUUUUUGAACUGUCAGUGGUCGUCUUUCAAAUAUGCUGUCCUUUGGAAGCUGGACAAGUGGACCAAAGUUAGCUUUCUUCACGUACAAAUGAAUUUCUGUCAUACAUUAAAAAUAACUGUCAUUCACGUGAUAGAACAGAAACUACCACAGAAAUGGGCAGCUUUGCAAGAAUUUUAAUAAUGAAUAGCUUGUAUUACUGUUAUACCAUUGCUGGUUAUAUGUAAGAAUAACUUCUUUUCUUCUUGGCGUAGAAACAAACUGUUGUUAUAGAUUUGCAGGGUGUCUGUGACAGAAUAAUUAGUAAAAUCUGGUGGCUUCUCAUAUAAACAA